UAAAGAAUGGGAUCUAGCUGCUACCACUGACCAAGUACACAACGGCAAUGGCAGGGCUGGAUGCGAUACCUGAGGUGGAGAUAGAUCCGGAAGGGGUCUUUAAGUAUAUCCUGAUGCGGGUGAGCCCCGGGGCAGGUGGUUCUUCUGGGCAUUACCGUGAUAUUGUCAGGGGUACAAAGAGCGCCGAGUACCACAACCACAUAUUUGAAAAGGUAAACCCAGCAAUGCAAGCACUGGGCUUUGAAUGCAAGUGCCUUGGUGGAGGAAAGAUCGACCACAACUGCAAAGACCAGAAGAUCAGAGUAUUUGGUGAAUCAACUGGAUAUGGCAAGGCAGACCAUUCAGUUACAGCUGAAAAACUAAAGAAAGUGUUCACUGGCUACGAGGUGACAUGGUCAGAUGAUAAGAAAUAAAUUCCUUUACCACUUGAGCUGUUUCACCGUCAGUUUUUAAUUUGAUAAACUGAUGUCAUUUGUACACAAAUAAAAUGGAUAAUGAAGUAUUAAGCUGUUAAAAUAAAAAGCACUUUUUUUCAA